CUACGGGACCUGCCCAAGGACAAAACACGGACAGAACACGCCUCCUCCUCUCGGACUGUACAUUUAACUGAACUAUUGGCACGUACUGAAAAAAUAGCAUCGGGGAAUGAAACCAUGGACCCCACGGACGAAAAAACACCUAAACCAGUGGAUAUUUACCGGGACACUUGGGUUCGCUUCCUGGGCUACGCCAAUGAGGUCGGAGAGGCUUUCCGUGCUCUGGUCCCCGUGAGCCUCGUCUGGGGCAGUUAUGCUGUCGCCACUACUUAUGUAACUGCUGAUGCUGUGGACAAAGGGAAGAAAGCAGCCAAGGAUCACGGAGAUAAACCAGGGAAGACGACCCGUGUGGCAGUGGCCGUCGUUGACACGUUUGUGUGGCAAGCUCUGGCCUCGGUCAUCAUCCCCGGCUUCACCAUAAACCGCGUGUGUGCAGCGUCUCUGUACGUACUCGGCAGGACCACCAAAUUACCCCUGCCCGUCCGCAAAUGGACCACAACGGCCAUAGGACUGUCCACCAUCCCGUUUAUCAUCACUCCUAUCGACAGAUCAGUGGAUUUCCUGCUGGAUUCGAGCCUUAGAAAACUCUACGGUGAAGGAGAGAAGCAUGAAUAGUGCGCAGUGUGUACGUGGGCAUCGAUCAGGGGCAAUAAUAACGUGAUCGUCGUUGGUAAAAUGGGCCAAUCAGACGAACCGAUCGCCCACGUAGACAUUUGACGGGCAGCUAGAGGCACAUUAUUGGAUUAAAUCGCCAGCUAAAUCCCAUUGAUGCUAUAACUACUUUGAUCUGGGUCAAACUUUAUAUCAUCAAAAGCCUCUAUUGUUUUUUAAAAAUGAUAAAAUAGUUUGCAUCAUGAUAUAAAUGUCCAUCUGAUCACGUCUGUUGAACGUCGUUUUAAACUUGAGUUAAACUGAACACGAGGGUUCACUCUGCUGCUGCUCUCAGGGUAUUUCCUUUUUUCUUUGCCACAUCUUAUUAUUGGUUAUUGGUCGUGAUUGUCUUUAUAUUUUCAUUUAUAUUAAGUCUUUUGAUUUCAGAGUCUGUUACGUGGAGUUUAUAUAAAAGGGAAAAUACUGUUUUGUUACAACGUGUUAAGAUCCACAAUAGAUCAUCAAAAUAAGGACAGAUUUGAGCUUCUGACCCCAAGAGAAAACUGCAGUGUUUUAUUCACAGGUUCAGUGGAUUUACAGACUGUUCCGAUGCCUAAUUCACAAGUUUACAAUACUUACAGUACUUUACAAUACUCAUAAUACCUUAAAAUACUUAAAAUACUGUACAACACUCCACCAAACUGGCUUAUUCUGGAAGUGCAACUUUAACUUUCAGACAUUGAAACUGAUACCUCUCUUGUCUCAACAUUUCUUUCUAUUAUUGUCUGUGUGUAAACCAGCCUUCAACAGAACUACUACUACUACUACUACUAGUACUGCUACUACUAGUAUAGCAGUGUUGAGGCAAAUGUGUCAGUUUAGUUUAGUUAUUUAAGCAUUUUAAUUUUUUAAUUAAAACAAAACAAUAAGGGAAUAUUCAAACGUAUGAGGGACAUAUAAAUUGUAAAGUCAUUGUAAAAGCAGAACGGUUAAACUGAGCACACGAUUUGCACAGAAACGAUUCACUGGGGAAAUAUUUGUGAAAUAAUGACUCGUAAAAGAACACAUCUUUAUACUCUGUGUGUGUUGUUUUAAAGACGAGCCUAAAAUAUCAUGUGACUUUGAUAUAAAUGUGAUGUUUGCACCGGACGACACGUGUUUAAAAGCUAAAGUUUAUUCUCUUAUUGGAAAUGGAUGCAAUAUAAAGCCAUAAAACUAUGAUCUAUGUGAACUACUGUAUUUCACGUCUUUAUUGUGAUGCACAUGUUUUACCUGUGAACGCUGGGAAAUGGUUUUACUCAUUGUUUGUCUCUCUCCAAUGUUCGUUUGUCAUAAAAAGUAUGAAAUAUAUUUUAUUUUAGUUUGUUUCCAAAUAAAUACGUAAAACAACAGUACUUUUUAAACUCUUUGUAUUGUCUUAUGCACAGGAGAGUCUGAUGGAACAUUUACAUUUAUCAUUUUCUUAAACUGUUUUGUUAAAGUGUGGAUGAAGAGGAGGAUUACCCAGUGAAAGCUCUUGUGCUGAAGCAGUUGAAGCCUCGUCCUGAAGCAGUUGAAGCCUUGUUGCGUUGAUUGAGUGAGAGGAGCACAGCUGAGGCCAGUUCAGUAACGCAGAGGCUACAUAAACCCAGAGAGGAUGCGGAGGGGGAGGUGCAGCCAUGUUCACCGCCGGGGUCGUGUUCUUGGCGCUUGUGGCUUUAUCAUGUGGAGAAUCAGGAGUGUCUUUUGAAGAGCUGGACCAGGCGAUCGACGACUCCCUAAACGAACUGAAAAUGCUCAUCACAGAAACCUCCCCCGUUUGGUCUGAAAACGACGACGUCCUGCUGCCCGAGGAUGAAGAGGACGAGGCUUCUUCACCUGAGCCGCCGCACGUUUCCAAAGAACAAGAAGGAGGAUCUUCAGCGUGGAAGGUGGUGCUGGUCCUGGCCGUCCUGCUGGUGGCGCUGGUGGGGGCCCUGGGCACAGUUUACUAUCUGUGUGUGUGGAGAGGAGGCAGGAUCCACUAUGAGCAGCAGAAGGACGUCUCCACUUGAACUUUUGCCUACGUUUGCC